GAAAGUUCGAUUUCAAAGUUUCAGAAUAAAGAGGGGAUCCAUUCAACAGCGGCAAACACUCUUCUCUCAACUCUCCAAUGGCUAUCAUCUCCGAUUUCAACGAAGAAGAGCAGAAACCCACCCGCUCCUCGCAAUCCCAAUCCUCUUCAUCUUCUUCUUCUACAUCCUUCACUUCCCCUUUCGACCGAUCAAACCCCAUCGCUUUCCUCCAGAAAGUAUUUGAAUUUGUCUCCGAACAGAGUGACUUUCUGGGCACGGAGGCCGCCGAGAAGCAGGUAGUGUCGCUGGUGCGCGCUGCCGGUAAGAAGAGGAGAGACCAGCUCAAGGCCUCCGAAGAGAGGGAGAAGGCGGAGAAGAAGAAAAGGGAGGAACUCAAAGCCACGGAGGACAGAAAAAAGGCCGAGAAGAGAUUGAAGGAGGAGAAGGAACACAAAGCGGAAGAAGACAGCGGCGCCUCCAAAGGUAAACUAGCGGAAACCGUUUCAUCGUUUUCCAAUGUGCGAUUAUUAUGUCUUGCCCUAAAAAUUCGAGAGCGUAGGGCCUUCGCUCACGAAUCCGGCCGAAUCGCUGAUUCUAUCGUUGAUGGUAACAAAACCCUCGCCUUGGAUCCCACCUUCAUCCAAGCUUUGGAAGCCCGAGUCUCUCUUCUAGAAUCCAUUUGUUGCUCCCUAGAUGCACUCCACGACCUCAAACUCCUCCACAACACCAUCUUGCACGAUUGCAAACUCGUUAGUCCUGCCUGGAAGCACCAAAAUGUGCGCGCUAGAGAAAUUCCUAGGAAACUCUAUGCCCUCACCACGAAGAUUCAAGAACUGAAACAGAGGGUAGCUUCGGGAGACAACUCCAACGUGGACUACCAUGGUCUGGUCCAAGCCAGGGACCGCGCAGGCCAUUUGGUCCUAAAAUUGAGUGCCUGGACAAAAUCUCCUUAUUUGGAGCAGAGCAUGAUAAUCUUGAUGAUAUUAUACUUGUCUGCUUCAAGAGGUUAUCGGCAAUCUGAUAGUAUUAGCGGAGGUGAACCUCCAUAUAAGUCACAGUGCUUGCAAAUGAUAGGACCCUUGCAUACAAACCACUUGGCCAACUUUGAGCAACCGGCCGACAGGGAACGUUUUUCAACUCCUGACUUACCUUCAACCAACUGGCAGGAAACAUUUUUCAACUCUUGUCGAGCCUUUCAUAGGUGGUCAGGGAACGUUUUUCAACUCCUAACUUACCUUCAACUAGCUGGUAGGGAACGUUUUUCAACUCCUGUUGAACCCUUUACAGAAAGAGGGGAUCCAUUCAACAGCGGCAAACACUCUUCUCUCAACUCUCCAAUGGCUAUCAUCUCCGAUUUCAACGAAGAAGAGCAGAAACCCACCCGCUCCUCGCAAUCCCAAUCCUCUUCAUCUUCUUCUUCUACAUCCUUCACUUCCCCUUUCGACCGAUCAAACCCCAUCGCUUUCCUCCAGAAAGUAUUUGAAUUUGUCUCCGAACAGAGUGACUUUCUGGGCACGGAGGCCGCCGAGAAGCAGGUAGUGUCGCUGGUGCGCGCUGCCGGUAAGAAGAGGAGAGACCAGCUCAAGGCCUCCGAAGAGAGGGAGAAGGCGGAGAAGAAGAAAAGGGAGGAACUCAAAGCCACGGAGGACAGAAAAAAGGCCGAGAAGAGAUUGAAGGAGGAGAAGGAACACAAAGCGGAAGAAGACAGCGGCGCCUCCAAAGGUAAACUAGCGGAAACCGUUUCAUCGUUUUCCAAUGUGCGAUUAUUAUGUCUUGCCCUAAAAAUUCUUUAAUUGACGGUGUCGCUGAGAGUAAGGGCUUGCUUUGUUGGGAAUCAUGAGGGAAUGUAAUGUCCUUGUUUAACAACAAUUUUUUCUUGUAGAUCGUUUAUUUUUCUUCCGUUUAAUUUAGGUGUACAGUGGCAACGCAUGUAAUGACCAUUGCAUGUGAUAGGUAGUUUGUCAACAUACUGUU